GUUUUGUGGCAGUGAAGAAAUAACAGCAGGAGAACGUUAUCGUUUUCUGUUUGAAGAUGAAGAAAGUUAUGCUCUCAUCAUUAAAAAUGUGACGAAAAAAGAUGCAGGAACAUACUCUGUUGUGGCAAAAAAUGACAUUGGAGAAGUAAAUACAUCAUGUCAGUUGACUGUCACCUGCCCUCCAUGUUUUCGUAAGCAGAUGAAAGAUAAAAUAGUAAUGACAGAUGAAACUGUUACAUUUGAAGUUGAAGCUGAAGGGAAACCUACACCAGAAAUCAAAUGGUAUAAAGAUGGGCAGCUAAUUGUUGAGGAUGAACGAAUUAAACUGAUUCAUAAGGAUGAAGAAGUCUAUGCUCUUGUGAUAGAAAAAGCAAAGUCUGAGGAUUCUGGAAGCUAUUCUUGUCACAUCAAGAAUGAAAGUGGUAGUCAGUCUGGAUUUGGAACUUUAACUGUUAAUGCUCCUCCAAUGUUUAUUCGUAAAAUGAAAUGUGUCGAGUCAGAAGAAGAUGAAGCUGUUACCUUCAAUGUGAAAAUCUCUGGAAAUCCCAAACCAAAAGCUAAAUGGUAUAUUUCUUCUUUUUUAGUAUUAAUUUUGAGAGUUGUCAUAAGGGUGUCAUAG